GGCGGGGCGAGGCGGGGCGGGGCGGGCCCGGGGCCUGUUCCCCGGGGUUUGCCGCCCGCCCCGGGCCGGGGGCUGCUCCCCUCGCCGGGCCGCAGGGCAGGGCAGGGCGGCAGAACCCCCGGGCCAGAACUCCCGGUGACGUCCCCUGUGACCUCAGCCCCGCUCCCCGCGUCCCCGUCCCGGGGCCGCCUCCCGCGGAGGGGCCGGGAGGCAGCAUGAGCGUGAGGGUGCGGCUGGCGGAGCUGGUGGACAUGGCCUUGGGCACGGCCGGGGGCGGCAGCCCGCAGCUCGGGGCCCUGCGCAUCCUGCUGCGCGGCCUGCUGCAGCACCUCGCCCCGCUGGAGGCCCCGCUGCUGCUCGGGGAAGGGGAAGGGGGUCUCCUGGAGCCCCCCCCCGCCAGCUCGGCCGGGGAGAAGCCCGGCUCCCUCCCCCGGCAGGGGCGGCGGGGGCUGGGCAGGCCCGAAGGGCAGCCCCCCAGCAGCGCCGGGCAGGUGGUGCAGCUGCAGAAGAGUUUGGAAGUGACCGAGGAGAGGAUGACGAAGGUGAUGGACACGCUGCAGGAGAUGCACAACACCAUCUGCUCCCUGAAAACCACCGUCGAGGGGUUCCAGGAGGAGCUGCAGCUCCUGAAGGACAAUUUCCAGAAGGAUGGUCUGGAGGAGCUGCAAGAGCAGUCGGUGCAGCAGGAUGAGCACAGCCACCUCCUGCAGAGCAUCCUGGACCAGCUGGCAGAGGUGCAGCAGGAGCUGAGCUCCCUGCCCUGCAACGCUGCCGCUCCGCGCCGGAGCUCUGUCAGUGAGGAGCCUGCUGGUGAGAAGCUUUCCAGCCGAGAUCCCAGCCCUGAGCCUUUGCAGGAGCCAGCCCACGAGGCCCCGUGUAAGCUGAGCUGGCUGCUGGAGCAGUAUGAAGCCGUGGGGACCCAUGUCAGCCACCAGGAGAGCCAGGAUGCUCAUCUGGGGACCUUUGAGGACACAGCUGCCCGACUGGAGAAGGUGCCGAGCGAGAUGAGGCAGAUGAAGGAUGGAGGAGAGAAGGGGAUGGAUUUCAGCAGGGAGGUGCUGGAGCAGGUGAGGCAGCUGCAAGAGCAGUGCACCAGGCUGCAGGGAGCUGCAGAGAGGCUGUGGGGUGACACCAAGGACACCCAGAAGGCAGAGAAGGAGACCAAAGCGAACCGAGAGGAACUGCAACAUGCCAUGACCCAGCUGAGCGAGGUGAUGCAGGAUCUGCUGCAGAGGAUGUCCCUGCAAGACCAGGAUAGGCAGAAAGGCUUGGAGAACCUCCUCAGCAAGAUAGACUCCAAGCUGGACUGUGCAGUGCUGGCUCCCCUACAGGCCCAGCUGGAGCAGCUGUGGAAGCUCACCCAGCAGUGCCACUGCCAGGGAUCCUGCUGCACUGCCACCUAUGCCACCGGCUUCAAGAGGCAGCUCUUUGAUCCAGCCAAGUGCAUCUCCUGUGACAGACCCCUGACCUCAGCCCCGGCUCCGCCCUUGGUGACAGUCCGAAGGAACAGGCAGCUCCUCCAGACCCAUCCAGCCUGUGCCAGUGCCUCCAACUGCCCGGCACAGCGGCUGCCAGGGAGGGAGAGCAAAGGGAGCAGCAGGGCCAGCCGGGGCCCUGCAAGUCCUACGGGGCCACUGUCCAGGUCCAGCUCCCUCAUGACCAUCUGUCCCUGUGGGAACCCUGCAGGCUUUGCCAGCAAGAACAAAGAAGUGGAUAUUUUGGGCAUCGACGGCAUCAUUUACAAGGGCAGGCUGAGCUCCCCACCUGCCAGCAAGGCCACCACCGUGGGCAAGGACUUCCCAGCAUCCAAGACCCCCCAGCCCUGCUCUCAGCACAUCACAGAGAAGACGCGUCGUGUCUCCAAGUACAGCAGCCGCUACGUGUCCCCCUACUCAUGUGCUGCCACACGAAGACCAGCCUCUCAGGGGGCUGGUGGCAAGAGGACAGCAGGCACCUGAGCUGGCCAGGGCCUGUGAAAUGGCACUGGGGUCUGGGGAGGGGACAAGCACACCAGGGCUGUGCUGCCC